AUGAUAAAUCAACAAGCAACAAUUCUAACUUCUCCGGUAGUUGCGAAUUGUCAGGGUUCAAACACUAUCAACACUAUCAAUAAUACAUCUCAAAUAUCACCACUUCGUUUAAAAUCAUCAACCACCAAGAAUAUUGAAACCCUUACACGCCAUCCUUUAGAGAAUAAUGAAGACGAAGAGAUUGAUGCCAGAAGAUUAAUUUUGGCCAAACUUCGUGAAAUGAAUAAUGAUGAAAUUCAAGAUAUUAUUCAAUUGUUAACCUCCAAAAAGGUAUGA